UGCGCCUGGGUCUAGACCGCUGAAGGGUGGUUACACUUGCCGCGGUUGGCGAAGCGCUGCGCCUGCGUCUAGACCGCUGAAUGGUGGUUACACUGGUCUGGACACGAUGGCGACGCACCGCGGCACCAGAUUGAGGAGCAACUGGCAUUUAUUGAGGCGUAUCGGUGCAGAAAUGCAAGAAACAAAAAAUAAAAAAUAUACCACAUUGGUAUAUGCGAGCAUUUGUUUUAUUUGUUUUCAAUUAAAUGAAAAGGCUCAGUGUUGUUGUUAGUACAGAUCUUACACUAAAGCUUUGUUAAAUACUUGAUCCUGAUUGGUCGACAUCCUUCCAUGGGUGACAUUAUCUUUCAAUUAUACCUCGGCAGUUCCACAUAAUGUGCAACAAAUCCAACAAUAAAAACGAUAAACACAACUAUUGACAAGAUAUUUCCUUGACCAAGGAUAGACAGUAUGCUCAAUGAACCGCAGCUGCUUAAAAAAAUAUGUUAUGGAUGACGGUUACUCAUAUUUAAUCCUUGUUGUUUACUGUGGUAUGACUUCAAUAAACCACUCCGGGUGUCCCGUUGUUGGAUAUAGUGGAUUUCAGUGGCAUCAAUUGGGUAAGGCAUCUUGCUGAUGGAUGCUUAGACAGGGACACUGUGGACAUUGGGGUUCACCGUUUGUAAGUCAGAAAACCACCAGCACUGUGCAAUCUCUAUGUGUAGUAUUGUUAUAACUCGUGUUGGUAUAAGGGUUUUUUUGAAGUCCUUUUGUAGUAAAGGUAUCUCCAAGCAACUACAGGCUCUUUAUGUGGUUGCUUUUCCUUGCAGCGCAUUGUGUCGCGCUAAGCGACGCGCGUUUUCCGCGCUCGGUGGCGCUGCGCUUGAGCGCAGCGGCAGAGCCAGACUCUUCAACUCGCUGGCUAUUUUUAAUCCUCAUAUGAUAUUUGUUCUCGCUUCUCUUCGAAAAUGCAGCGCCUUUGUUUUGCGUUUGCAUUUGAAUUGCAUCCCACCAGCUCAGAUACAUAGCGUCAACAAUCCCGAUGUUAUUCCACUAAGGCACACUGGGUGUCUGCAGCCAAACAUUGCCAAACCGAUUGUGCUCUGUGUGCGCUGAACACACCCCUCCGAGCACCCCGUAUUGUAGUGCAGGCCGAAUAAUGGCUGCACAAGAGCCAUCCCCAACAUCUUCACUAGAAGGCAACAAACCCGGCUUCCCCAAAAAGAUCCUCGCGAACCACCUCGAAGACAAGCAUCUUUGCAAUUCGUGUCAGAAGAUACUGAGGAGGCCUUUGCAAGCCCAGUGUGGUCAUCGCUUCUGCUCCUUCUGUUUCAACAAAACCGUGAGUUCUGGACCUCAGAAAUGCAGUGCGUGCAUACGGGAGGACUUGUUUGAGGAGCCCACUUCCAUCCUCAAGCUAGGCGGCGCCUUUCCAGACAACGCGGCUCGGAGAGAGAUAGAAGCUCUCACGGCCGUCUGUCCCAACGAGGGAUGCACAUGGACGGGAAUAAUCAAAGAAUAUGAGGCGGGCCACGAGGGGGACUGUGAGUUCCAGGUGAUCCUCUGUCCCUCGUGUAAAGAGCUGAUGAGGGCCAACGAGAAGGAGCGCCACAACGAACGCGAGUGUCCCGAGAGAACGCUCAACUGCAAGUACUGCAAAGAGCCGUUCCUUUUGAAGAACAUCAAGGCUCAUGAUGAAAUCUGUCCAAAGUACCCAAUGAUUUGUGAUGGCUGUGCUAAGAAAAAGAUUCCCAGAGAAAAGUAUGUGGACCAUAUUAGAUUCUGCAGUAAAUUUAAAGCGCCAUGCAGAUUUCAUGUUGUUGGCUGCGAUAUGUCUGUGGAGAAAGAGAAGGUGCACGAGCACGAGAGCGCCUGCUCCUACGAACACUUGAACAUGCUCUUGCACUUCAUCAUGGGCAUCAAGGUGAGCCUGGAGAGCCUGCAGCCCCAGAGCUUGGACGUGGCCAGCCACAGGCUGCAGGAGCUACACCAGUCCCUCAGGCACCUGGAGCACAAGAUGAACCAGCUGGGGGGAGGUGGUGUUCUUGGAGCUGUUGGUGGAGUUGGUGGUGGUGGUGGCGGCGCUCCUGCUGCUCCGGUGUUGGGGGCCUGCGCCCUGGCCCCGGCCUCGGCCCCGGCCCUCGCCACCACCUCCUUCACGCCGCUGCCCAGCGCGGUGGGGGCGGCGCUGGAGCUGCAGCUGCACAGCGAGAAGACCAAGGUGGUGGAGCUGGGGCGACGCUGCCAGCAGCUGGAGCUGAAGGUCGACACCUUCGAGAACAUCGUGUGCGUGCUGAACCGCGAGGUGGAGCGCUCCGUCACCACCAUGGAGACGUACAACAGCCAGCACCGCCUGGACCAGGACAAGAUCGAGAUCCUCAGCAACAAGGUGCGGCAGCUGGAGCGGACGGUGGGCCUGCGGGACCUGUCCAUCGUGGAGAUGGAGGGCAAGAUGAGGGAGAUGGCGGCGGCCACCUUCGACGGCAUCUUCGUCUGGAAGAUCUCCGACUUCACCAAGAAGCGUCAGGACGCCGUGGCUGGCAGGGCGCCCGCCAUGUUUUCACCAGCGUACUACACCAGUAAGUACGGCUACAAGAUGUGUCUGCGUAUCUACCUGAACGGGGACGGGACGGGCCGCAGCACUCACCUGUCUCUGUUCUUCGUGGUGAUGAGAGGACACAGCGACGCACUGCUCAAGUGGCCCUUCAACCAGAAAGUGACGCUGAUGCUGCUGGACCAGAACAACCGGGAGCACAUCAUUGACGCCUUCCGGCCCGACGUCUCGUCCUCGUCCUUCCAACGGCCCGUCAGCGAUAUGAACAUCGCCAGCGGCUGCCCGCUCUUCUGCCCGCUCCUCAAGCUGGACUCCAAAAACUCGUACAUCCGAGACGACACCGUCUUCAUCAAGGCCAUCGUGGACCUCACCGGUCUCUAGGGUAAAACUCGGAGCAGGAACUCGUCGUGAUUUGACGGUCCCCUUUGUGACCGCGGCUCGCCGGUUCGAAGCCCCAGGCCUGUUCAACCUAGAGCCGCGCGGCACUUCAACGGUUUUGGUUAGGGGAGGAGUUCUUGUCGGUGGAUAUGAAGAUCAGCCGUCGACUAGUUUUACUAGUUGUUUACGCUAAUUGUGUUUUUUGGUUUAUGGUUAAUUUUUUGGGAGCGGCGUUCCUUGCCAAAGCUCCCAUAGAGUAGAAUCUGAGGG